AUGUCGGGAGAUUUUGAGCGGGAGAUGCGGGCGUCAGUGCUCAACAAGCUGCCAUCUGUGCUGCGGGAGAGGGAGUUCCCUUGUUGGAGGUGGAAGGAGUUUGACAAGGGCUUUGCAUGCGAAUGGCUGAACCCUGAGACUGUGGUGGUCGGCACCAAGUGCAACAAGCUUAUCUGCCUUAACACAACCACCCAACAGUUCCAACGAGUGGCGCUACCGCGCGCGCCGCCGCGGCCGCCGGGGGUGCCGCAGCCGCUGCCGGAUGCGCCGGCCGUCAACAGCUGCGGCAUCCACGCGAUAGCGCUCAGCCCCGACCGGCGGCUGCUUGCGACCGGCGGCGCCAACCCCUCCGACUGCCAGAUCCUAGCUGUGCGCGACGAAGCCUCCAUUGCGGCGGCGCCGCAGGCCCCUCAGCUUGACCCUGUGCAGACUCUAGUGGGCCACACGGACUGGGUGUUUGGGAUCGCUUGGGUGACAGACAGGCAUGUGGUGACGGGGUCGCGAGACCAGCGCCUAAACCUGUGGAAAGUGGACACAGAGCCCAAUAGCAGCCCCAACCUGCAGCCUCUCGUCUCCCACUUCCAUGUUAUGGACAAGAGGGAAGAAAAGAAUUACAAGGUGAGGGACGUCAAAUUCAAUCGCAACCUGGGCCGACUGGCGUCGCUCACAACCAACGGCUGCGUGCAGUUCUGGGACCCCCAUGCCAACUUUGACAGAAAUGUGAGCGCCCCCACCUCUCCUCUUGCGCCGUCACUGGUGAAGUUGAAACACAGCAAGGAGGUGGUGUGCCUGGCGAUGAGCGACAACCUGGUGGCAGUGGGCAGCCAGAGCCACAUCACCCUCGUGGACCCCCGCCAGAAGACCCCCGUCCAAGAUGUGGAGUCCCUAGAUGAGGGCCACGGCGUGCGCUCGCUGAACUUCCUGGACCAUCUGCUGUCAGCCGGCAGCGGCCGGGGGCGAGUGUUCUUCUACGACCUGCGCGCAUCGGCGUACCUGGACCUGGAUAUUGCUGCGAAGCGGCAGCACUUGGGCGCCUCGCUCUCCGAGCCGGAGCGUGGCUGCCUGCAGUGCGGGACCGGCUACCUCAACCAGACCGACCCCGUCUACCUGGAGCACUUCAGCGGGGAGCAGGUCUUCAACGCCUGCUACUCGCAUGCAUGGGAUCCCACGCGCACUCGCCUGGCGGCAGUGGGGGGUCCGCUGGCCUACGGCCUCCGCGGCAGUUACAUGGCCGUCUGGAAUUAG